AUGACGAACCAAGCGCGAUCUUCUCCGCUUCACAUCUGCGAGUCCUCAAGUCUCUGCAACUCGAGGGCGACGAUUCAGCAGCUUCCUGCGAAUUUCGACCGCCUAGGAGCUCUCAAGUCGCUGUGCGUAGUGAAGCAGCCAAUACUGAAGCUUCCGGUGGGAUUGGGGGGAAUGGCUGCCAUUCAGAGAAUUUAUGAGGGAGAGGUGUUCAAUCGGCUGCAACUCCCGGAUUCACUCAUAGGGUUGACUUCGUUGACGCGGCUUUACCUGGAUUUCAUUUCCGAUGAGAAGCUUCCUGAGGGCAUUGGGAAGCUGAAUCAGCUGCGUCAACUUCACAUCCAGUGCUGUUUCGAUCUCAAGGAGAUUCCAGAUUCCGUGACAGGACUGACAAAUCUGGAUACCCUCACAAUUGGGUUGUGCAGCCAGCUCGUGUCACUUCCCAAGAGGCUAGAUGGCCUUUUCAAGCUCAAACGCCUGGAGAUAAUCGGGUGUCACCCUGCUGUAUGGCUGAACGGGCCUCCAAUCUCCCUCCCUUCCUCUCUCGAGUCCCUUAGCCUGGGGAGCUACAAUGACAUCAUGCAUCUGCCAGAACUCCCUGUGCUGCCGAAUCUCAAGAAGCUGACACUGAAUGUGGUCAAUGUGGAGGGUGGGGAAGGUGGUGUGACUGUCUCCAGUGCUUUCCCCCAGUUAGAGCAUCUGGAGUUGGUGUUGGCGGAAGAUGCAGAGGAGCUCUCAUUCCCCUUGGCUUCUCUCCUCCAGCUGCGGAUUCUGGUGAUCUCCAGGGCUGGUAACAUCAGGGAGCUUCCAGGAAGCAUCGGCUCGGACCUGAAGCAGCUUCGGCGCUUGCAGAUAGAGAAUGCUCCAGAGUUGGAAGUGCUGCCAGAAACAAUCUCUCAGCUUUGCCACCUGACCUCCUUGGACGUUCAUGCACCCAAGCUCACUUCCCUUCCCACCAGCAUCGGUGCGCUAUCCAGGCUAGGGGAGCUGAAUCUCUCAGACUGCUCAGCCCUGGAGAAUCUCCCUGCUUCAUUCACCCAGCUCGCCUGCCUGAACAAGUUGAGUGUUGAAAACACUGCCAUCCGCUCGUUUCCUGAAAACUUCGUGCAGCUGACCCGACUGAAGAGUGUGGACCUGUAUGGAUGUGCAAGAUUGGAGAGCCUGCCAGAAGAUUUCCUGAGCUUGGGAUGCUGCAGUUUUUUAGGUAUGGUGGAUGCAGGCAUGAACAGGACAGGAAAAUAG